AUGCCGACUUGCGGCAAGUGUGCGGAGCCCUUCGUUGAUCACCUGUCGAUCAAUGGCAUCACGCUGACGCGCGUGUGCGAGGGGUGCCUCGUUUCCACGGAGCUGUUGACAAAGACGUCGGCCAUGUCGCUUGGAGCAAGAGUCGAGGACCUCGAUCGCCUCGACCAUCGCCGGGAACCGAAUCCGUACUACAGGAACGCCGCUUCGACCUAUCUCUUUUUGGAGGAGGAGGUGAAAUAUGUCGCUGGUAUCGCCAACGCGGCUAGAGAGCGGCGAGAAUGCGCGAGAAAGUCAAAAGAAGAGAUUCAAUCCCGAGCAAAAAGAAUGAAACAUGAUGAUCGAUCCAAGUGCCUGGAAAAGAGAAUCCAGACCGCCACCUCAAGGAUCAAGCCCGUAGGUCCCCCUACACCGGGGCUUGUGAGUGGCGACUUCUGUACGUCCGCCACAAAGACUCCGAAGAUUUCUGUCGCGAAGCUCGCCAAGAGAGUGGCCAUCUGGAGGUCGCUCAGCAACUUGUCGCUGCCACCCAGGGUAAACCUCUUCCGCUUCGGGUGUGCCAACGAACUCUACGCUCUCUCGGGGGAGGAGAUCGAGUCAGCUGUGGCAAGUGCUCACUACUCUUUGGACAAAGUCGUGUUAGGCGAGGGGAACCGAGUACUGCAAUUCUUAAGCCCGAUGGAGCGCCUCCACGCGACGAGAGCGGUGCCAUCCAUGCACCAGGAACUCCACGGGUUGCCCGUAAGCGCCAUGAGCGACGACAUGUACGCGCUCUGUCAGUACACCAGUGUCAAGCUCGAGAAGAUGCGAUCGACGCAACCUGUCAAGAGGAAACGGCUGUUUGGCAGGAACACGCGUGCCGUGUGGAACGACGUGUACCAGUUCCUGUUGUCAAGGAGCGGCCACGUCAUUCCGACGAAGAUCGGGUUCUACGGUGUGCCACGAGUCUUUGACAUGCUCUGCCGAGAAGCAGUGCAUCGGACGAGAAGUGACAAUGUCUACAACUGCUUCGCCAGGCUCGGAAUGCCGUUACCUCCACACAGAUUCCUGCAGACAUUGAGCGGGAAGUACAUCGGCAAUGCUCGGCUCAUGGAUUUUCAGAUGGUCGGAGAGACCAUUCGCGUCUUCUGCGACGGGCUGAUGUCGGGCGUCGACAUUCCCCGGCGAUUCGACCUGCUUCUCAAAGAAAUGGGGAAAAUGGUCUAUCUCGAAGGCAAAACCUGGGCACAAGCCGCGGACGACGCCGCUCGGUCGAUUUCUUCGGCGGAUCCUGUACUGCCCGGACUCUGCGUCUGCGGGAAUCCUGCCGCGAUGAAGUGUGUCCGUAACAGAUGCAGGACGUGCUGUCGAUCGAACGACUCUGCUGUGGCGUGCCCUCGUCACAACAACGCAUCGUAG